CAUUGAUGAGUAGGCGGCCAUGUUGGUAAAUACCUCAUCUCGAACCCAGGUCACCGUGCCACAGCGCUCCGGGUACGAGAAACGGUCAAAGGUUACCUCCGGCAAAAUGGCGGACACCGACGGAAAAAUCGCCGAGUUUACGGCAAAAGUUGAAAAACAGGAGGCAGAAGUUGCUGCCCUGAAAAACCAGCUGGCCCAGAUCCGAAGAGACCAGGAGAACAACGCUCAGCUGGAGAAACUGUACACCGAGAACUCCAAACUUAAGUAUCAGGCCAACCAGCUCAAGAGAAGUUUGGCAGAGGAACAGGGCAGGAAGCCAGCUCACAUGUUGAACAUCCAGCGUCAGCUGGUGGACAUCUUCAGCCUGUCCAUCCACCAGGCCUUCCCCAGCCUGGCUGACCCCCCGGUCAUGGUCACUCUCAGCACACAGGAGAAGUUUGGGGACUACCAAUGUAACAGUGCCAUGAGCAUCGGACAGUUACUGAAGGCCCAGGGGAAGAAGGCUGUUCCACGUGAGAUCGCCCAGGCUGUUGUCUCUAAUCUGCCAGAAAAUGGUAUCAUUGACAAGGUGGAGAUUGCAGGUCCAGGGUUCAUCAACAUCCACAUCUGCAAGUCUUUUGUCUCCUCCAUCCUGUCCACGGUGCUGCGGGAAGGCGUGAAACCUCCGCCCGUGGACAGGAAGCUGAGGGUCGUCAUCGACUACUCCUCACCCAACAUCGCCAAGGAGAUGCACGUGGGACAUCUCAGGUCCACCAUCAUCGGCGACAGCUUCGCUCGCCUCAUGAAGUUUGUUGGGCAUGACGUCCUUGGACUGAACCAUGUAGGAGACUGGGGGACCCAGUUUGGAAUGUUGAUUGCCCACCUUCAGGACAAGUUCCCAAACUAUGUGUCAGUUUCACCUCCCAUCGGAGACCUGCAGGCUUUUUAUAAGGAGUCCAAGGUGCGGUUUGACUCAGAUGAGGAGUUUAAGAAGCGAGCGUACUCCUGUGUAGUGAAGCUCCAGAGUCGAGAACCUGACAUCAUUAAGGCCUGGGAACUCAUCUGUGAUGUCUCCAGGAAGGAGUUCCAGAAGGUGUACAAGCGACUGGACAUCCAGGAACUGUUGGAGCGGGGAGAGUCCUUCUACCAGGACAGGAUGGUUCAGGUGGUCAAAGAACUGGAGGAAAAAGGCCUGUUGAAGGAAGAGGAGGGGCGUAAGGUCCUGUUCACCGACGCCUCGUCUGUUCCGCUGACCGUGGUGAAGUCUGACGGCGGGUACACGUACGACACAUCAGACAUGGCCGCCAUCCGCCAGCGCCUGGAGGAGGAGCGCGGAGACUGGCUCAUCUACGUGGUGGACUCAGGACAGGGACUGCACUUCCAGUGUAUUUUUGCAGCAGCCCAGGCAGCCGGCUGGUACGAUGUGAAGAGAAAGCGGGUGGACCACACGCCAUUUGGGGUGGUCCUUGGGGAAGACAAGAAAAAGUUUAAGACCAGGUCUGGAGAAACUGUGCGGUUGAGUGACCUGUUGGAUGAAGGUCUGCGAAGGUCACUGGAUAAACUUAAGGAAAAGGAAAGGGACAAGGAACUGACCCCUGAGCAGCUGGAAGCGGCGCAGAAAGCCGUGGCGUACGGCUGUAUCAAGUACGCUGACCUCUCUCACAGCAGGACCAACGACUACGUCUUCUCCUUCGACAGGAUGCUGGAUGACCGAGGUAACACGGCUGCCUACCUUCUGUAUGCUUACACCAGGAUCAGGUCCAUUGCUCGCCUAGCUAAAGUAGACGAGAGCUCCCUGAAGAAGGCUGCCCAGACGUCAGAAGUGUCUCUGGACCAUCCCAAGGAGUGGAAGCUGGCCAAGUGUCUGGUGCGCUUCCCUGAGAUCAUCAGUAAGAUCCUGGAGGACCUGUACAUGCACACGCUGUGUGAGUUCAUGUACGAGCUGUCCACAACCUUCACAGAGUUCUACGACGUCUGCUACUGUGUGGAGAAGGACAGGAAAACAGGUGAGGUGGUGAAGGUGAACAUGGGUCGUCUGCUGCUGUGUGAGGUCACGGCCUCCAUCCUGGCAACCUGCUUCUCCAUCCUGGGUAUCACACCAGUCAACAGGAUGUAGCAAUGUAACAAUCGUUGAAUCUUUAGCACACUGAAGGAGCCAUUUGGCUACAAAUUGUCCAUGAACAGUCAAGCUA